CUUUGACCCCGGCGGUCAUGGAGCCAGACAUUGUUCAAGCCCCGGGGGUCAUGUUAAUAAAGACUGGAUUCUACACGGUAGCUGUGAGUCUGCCUGUCGCUUCCCUGCUGUCGCCUGAGUUGUUUUGUUGCAGGAUUAUUGAGGCUGACACCAGUCAGCAUCAAGCAUCAGCUGCAGCUCGGACCACUUAGCUAUGCUUUUUCUAUACUUCUAGAACCAUUGGGGCCCUCUUCCCCCAAUGGUCUCUACCUUCGCUUGUUUGAGUAUGUUCUAUGGCUUAGUCUAUGCGCAUAAAGCAGGAUGGUGAG